AUGGAGAUGGCAGGUACGGGCAAAGGGAUAGAAAAACUAACUGAAGUUGUGAAAAAAUCCACCUGCAAGCAGUCAAACAGCACUGAGCAGCGCUAUAUGCUGUAUUACUGGCUGUGUUGGGAGUCAUGUUCCAGAGGCACUAUGCUUUUUUCUAACAGGUCUCGUGGUGGUGGCCUUGGUUCCCGCAAACAGAAAGAGCUGCCAACAGAACCCCCUUUCACAGCGUAUGUGGGAAAUCUACCCUUCAACACAGUUCAAGGAGACAUAGAUGCCAUCUUCAAGGAUCUCAGUGUAAGGAGCGUACGACUAGUCAGAGACAAGGAAACAGAUAAAUUUAAAGGAUUUUGUUACGUAGAGUUCGAUGAGGUGGAAUCACUCAAGGAAGCUCUUACUUAUGAUGGUGCACUUUUGGGUGAUCGAACACUCCGAGUGGACAUAGCAGAAGGCAGAAAACAGGACAAAGGUGGCUUUGGCUUCAGAAAAGGUGGCGGGCCUGAUGACAGAGGAUUGGCAGGAGGUUCCCGAGAAUCCAGAGGAGGUGGAUGGGAUUCCAGAGAUGACUUCAAUUCUGGAUUCAAAGACGAUGACUUCUUGGGGGGCCGGGGUAGAGGAACCCGCCCUGGAGACCGGCGACCGCCAGGUGCCUUGAUGGGAAGUGGUGGCACUGGCCGCUUCAGAGACGGGCCUCCCCUUCGUGGGUCUUCCAUGGACUUCAGAGAGCCAACAGAAGAGGAAAGAGCACAGCGACCCCGACUCCAGCUCAAACCUCGAACAGUUGCUACUCCCCUCAAUCAAGUAGCCAACCCCAACUCUGCCAUCUUCGGUGGAGCCAAGCCCCGAGAGGAAGUAGUAAAAGAGCACGACUGAGUUUGGGGUUGAGAGGGAAUGGGGAGGCGGGAGAAAAAGCAAGACAGUACAGAGUGACUAGCUCUGCUGGAAUGUCAACCCUGCAGUUUACCAUUCCUGCCAUCUGGCAUUUGUCCUCUUUGAAACCGAAAACACAGAGCUUGUGAAUGCAUGUCAGCUGUUAACAAGUGGUUUUUAGUACGUUCUUGGCUUUGCUGUAUCUAGUGCCUGCUUUGUGCUGAGUUUCCCUCUUCUGUUUCCUUCCAAGCAGCACAGUUGCCAGUAGAUAAGGCAGUGUAGCUGCUUCCACACGCGCGGCCGUCUCUGGACAAAGGUGCUGCUUCGACUUCUUCCUUUCUGGGUUUCUUUACUUUAGAAGCACCACUUAGACUUAGUUAUUGCCCUGUAUUGUUUCCUUUUAUUUCCUCAGUGCUCCUCUUCUGACCUGCAUGUCUUGUUCUGUAUUGCUGUGGCUCUGAAGAGGAAAACUGGAGAGUCCAGACGAGUUGAGCAGAGAAAUUUUUACAGUUCUAACCACGUAGUGAAGUGCCGUGGGUGACAGUGGGUGACAGUGGCUUCAAAGGCUAGAGCCCCUUGCAGACUGAGGGGGGCAGCUGCCCUCCACAGGGGUUACCAGGAGGUACCAGUUGAAUAGGUGCCAGCUGGCUGGUGGGAACCCUGGUGAGCAGGGGCCGGAAUCAGUGCGGAUAAAGCAUCCGCUGGCAGACU